AUGGCCGAGAUGGGAGUUCAACCCACGCACGAGCCGUCGCGCCAGAAACCCGCGGGCGUGUUCUCGGACCCGUUCGGGUGGUACGCCGAGCGCGCGACGCGGCGGCCGAGGCUCAUGUUUUUCUGCGCGUGGACCUUCGUCAUCGCGCUCUGCGCCGCGGGCUUGCCGUACUUCGAGCAGACGGAGUCCUCGGAGUACGACUGGCUCAUCGGCACCGACGAGACCGUGCGGAGGUCCUACGCGCUCAAGUCCGCGCAGGAGGACCUCGCGCUGUACAGCACGAACAACGAGCGCUCGGUGAAGAACACGGACCAGCUCUUGCAGUUCGUGUACGAGGCCGAGGGGAACACCGACAACCUCCUCACGCCCACGGUACUCGCGGAGAUGAUGAAGAUAGAGAAGAUGUUCUACGAGAACGCCAAGUUCGCGUCGUACUGCCACGCGCAGAGCACGGACAAAACGAAGUGCGCGGAAUCGGCGACCGCGAGCGCGAUCACGCGGCUGUUUUACAAGACGACCAUCCAGCAAGAUGCGAACGGGAACACGGCGGUGACGCAGACGCCGGUGAUGACGUACGUGGACUUUAAGACGACGUUCUCGUUGACCACGCCGCUGGAUUUGACGUCGCAAGCCGCGAUCGACGCGCACCUCGCGUUCAUCCUCUCCGCCCCGAACGGUCUCUACGCCGCCGCGCUCGCCGCCGGUCAGAGCGACCUAAUAAAGAACACUGGGGCGGGUAUCGACGCCGCGUUGGCCGACUCCGCCAAGUUGCUGCCGAAUUUUUUCGACGCCACGUGGAGCGCGACGAACCUGAAGACGAAGUACAUCCAGAGCUUUUACUUCCUCGGGCUUCCGCUGUCUGGGUACGCUAACCCGUACGUCUCGCAGGAGACGCAGAGCGAGCCGGGGAACGACCUCAUCGUCCAAGUCAGCGACGAGCUGAAGUUGCACUUUGGGAUGAAAGAGACGCUCCUGAAGUCGCCGUUCCAGAGCGAAGCGACGUUCGCGACGACGGCGAACGAGCGCGUCAAGGUGUACUGGUUCUCCCAGCCUGUCAUGGAAAAAGAGUGGGAGCUCAUCUCGAAUAAGGACUUGCGGUUCGCGAUCUUGUCCUUCAUCGGCGUCGGGAUGUACAUGGCGUACCACACGAGGAGCGUGCUGAUCUCGCUCACGUCGAUGAGCAUGACCGUGUGCUCCAUCUUCGUCGCGUUUUUCUUGUUCCGCGUCGUGUGCCAGAUCGUCUUCUUCCAGUUCAUCAACUUCCUGAUCAUCUUCGUUGUUCUCGGGAUCGGCGCGGACGACGUCUUCGUGUUCAUGGACGCGUUUCAUCAGUCCCUCGACGAGCUUCAGAGCGCGGGAGAGCCCGCGACGUUGCCGCACCGGAUCAGGCACACGAUGAAACGCGCGCUGCACGCGAUUUUCGUGACGUCGCUGACGACCGCGGGUGCGUUCUGCGCGACCGCGCUGUCGCCGCUCGUGCCGUUGCGUUCGUUCGGCGUGUUCUCCGCUAUGGUGAUCCUGUGCGUGUUCACCCUGAACGCGUUGAUUCUUCCCCCGCUCACGGUGAUGUACACGCGGUCGCUCGCCGGCCGAGGGUGGUGCGCGAGCAUUCUCAUCGUGUGCACGUUUGGUCUGUGCGGGACGAAGAAGUACGAGGAUCCGGGAGAGUCGCUGAACGGGUCGCAGUACGUCGUCGGCGUCGACGAGCCCGCGCCGCCGCCGCCGCCGCCGCUCUCGAAUAAUCCGUUCCUGAAGAUGGUGGCGUCUCCGGCUCAGCAACCGUCGCCCGCGUCACAAAACCCGAACAACCCGUUCGCGGCGACGUCCGGGUCGCAAAACCCGAACAAUCCGUUCGCGGCGACGUCCGGGCCGGUCGUCGAGGGCGCGACGCCGUCCGUCGAGGAAAAGCUGCGGCCCGACCCGGCGGAGAAGCGGGACACGAAGAAGUUGCGAUUCACCGAGCGGUUCUUUUACCAGCACUACUACAAGUUCCUGAAGUCGCCGGCGAGGUUCCUCGUCUUGCUCGCGUUCGCGGGGCUAUUCUUCUUGGGCGCGUACCUGUGGCUGCAACUUGACCUGCCGACGGAGCCGGAGCAGUGGUUCCCUGCCGAUCACAUGUUCCAGCAGUACCAGGAGCUCGCGACGAACAAGGUUUUCUCCGCCGCUCCUACGCUCGUGAACGUGUCCAUCGUGUGGGGAAUCGGCGGCGUGGACGACUCGAACACGAACCCGUGGAUCCCCUCGGACUUGGGGAACGUCGUCUACGCCGAGAAUUUUGACCCGUCGACCGCGGCGGCGCAGGCGUACAUCAUGCGCGUGUACGAGACGCUCAAGACGGCGGCGUGCGCGAAGUCAGCAUGCGUCGGGUCGCUUCUCAUCAACCCCCUGUACGAGAUUCGAAACAUCCUAGGCCAGACGAGUUCCACGGGGGCGUUAAACGCCGGGUUUUAUUAUUGGUUAAAUUGUGGAGAGGGUAAUGGGUACAGCGGAGUAACAGUGAAUAGUCUUAACCCUACUGUUGGUUCUGCGAGCAGCGGGUACUGCCAAACAACUUGCGGAGGAGUCACUGUCACCUGCUCCGGAACGGCUACCACCGUGGAUCCGACGACGAACCCGCUGACUGGGGACGCGUUCAACGCGGCCAUGUGCGCGUACGCAAACGUAGAGGACACGAAGGUGCAAUACCCGUCGCACGUCGGGUUCUUCACGAGCUCCUGCGCGACGUCGCCGGCGUCGCGCGCGUCGUUCAUGCUCAUGGACGCCGCGUCUUCGCUGAGGAUGCCCGUCGCGCCGGUCGCGUUUAAAGAGGUUCGAGACGCGUGGAACGACUUCGCGGCGACGUGGAACGCGGACGCGCCCUCCGAGCUCGGAGCCGGCAGCGCGACGUCCACGAACCCGUUCUGGCUGUGGUCCGUCACGUCCUUAUCGUUGAUGGACAACGUGUACUUGGGGUUCAAGGUGUGCUUCCCCAUGGUCUUCGUCGUGUUGUCGAUAUCCACGUGCAACGUCGUGCUCGCGUUUUACAGCAUGGUGACCAUCGCGGGGAUCGUCACGACCGUGAUCGGCGUCGGCGCGGGCGGGAUACAAGGGUGGGACCUCGGCACCGCGGAGGCGAUCGCCGCGGUCAUCGUCAUCGGUUUCUCGGUCGAUUACUGCGUCCACCUCGCGAACGCGUACAUCGAAAACGACGCGGUCGAUCGCCAGUCGCGGACGCGAAGCGCGCUGACGACGAUGGGAAUAAGCGUCACCGCGGGGGCGAUCACGACGAUCAUCGCAGGGGUGUUCCUCUCGAUGUGCAUCCUGCUCUUCUUCGUGAAGUUUUCGUUCCUGAUUUGCUGGACGAUCUUCUCGUCGUACGUGUGGGCGGUCGUGUUCUUCGGGGCGCUGUGCAUGACCGCGGGGCCGAGCGGGAAUUUUGGGGACAUCUCGUGGGUGUUCGACGCGUUGUUCUGUAGGAAAAAGAAAGAUUGA